GAGUGGUGGAGCGAGAGAGAGCACGAAAGAGAAAGAGAAGGAGGGGGGGCCAAGUGAGGGCUGAAGAGACUGAGAAUGGAUUGGUACUGAGAAACCGUGCGAGCGAGAGAGAAAGAGUGUGUGUAUGCUCAGAGUCAGCAGCGAAGACACAGAAAGUCUACAAGCUCACAUCAACAAGAGAGCGUGUGAGGCAUAGCUGACCACAGGCAACACUGAAGAGUGACACAGACGGGAAAGAGACACACAAAGAGACAGAGAAGAGGAGAAAAGAAUCGGCAGAAGAAGAGAAGGACUGAAGACAGACUACCAGCCCUCGACUGGUUAAAGGAGACACCACAGAGGGACUCUAGCAUCCGCCAGCCCCCCAGCAGUAGCAGCACAGAGGAGCACUGUCUCAUCUCGUGCAUUCCGUGGUGCCUGCCAACUUCAAUUCCACACUUGCCCACUGUUUUUCGUAGGUUUUGCCCUCUCCACUCAUCAGCCAUGAUCCCUUGGGUCCUUCUGCUCCUGUGGAUCUCUGGGCAUGGGGUGGAGGCCAUGUUUGCCCAACAGCCACAGGAUCUGGUUGUGGUGGCAGGCCAGCUUGUGACGUUACCAUGCACUAUCCCCGGUUACCAUGGCGUUGUCUUAUGGAUCAAAGAUGGCCUGGCCCUGGGAGUUGGCAGAGACCUCGCUGGCUAUCCUCGUUACACAGUGAUUGGCGACCACGGUUCAGGAGAGCAUCAUUUGCAAAUCCAGCGUGUCGAGCUGAUGGAUGAUGCUGUGUUUGAGUGCCAGGCUGUCCAGGCUGCCAUGAGGUCCCGUCCUGCCCGUCUCACUGUGCUGGUCCCCCCAGAGGACCCAGUCAUCAGUGGAGGGCCGGUGGUGAGCCUAAGGGCUGGUGACCCACUCAAUCUGACCUGCCAUGCAGACAACGCCAAGCCAGCAGCCUCAAUCAUCUGGAUACGUAAUAAAGAGGUCCUUAACGGGGCGAUGUACUCCAAGGUAAGCAUAGAGACCUUGCUCCGGGAUGGCAGGAGAGAAAGCACUGUGAGCACGCUCUACCUAUCACCUACCAACAUUGAGACAGGUCAGCAGAUCAUCUGUAAGGCCUCCAACAAAGCAGUCACCAAUGGAAAGGAGACCAGUGUCACAAUUGACAUCCAGCAUCUCCCACUAGUCAAUCUCACAGUGGAGCCUCAACCUGUUCUGGAAGGCAACCUUGUGAAAUUCCAUUGCUCUGCAAAGGCCAACCCUCCUGUCACACUCUACAGGUGGGCCAAAGGAGGAAGCAUUAUCAAGGAGGUUUCUGGAGACACAUAUGAGGUUAUUGUGGACCACUCCUUCUUUACAGAACCCGUUUCCUGCGAGGUUACCAACCCUCUUGGCAGCACCAACAUCAGCCGCAACGUUGACGUCUACUUUGGUCCUCGCAUGGCUGCGGAGCCUCAGUCGUUGCAGGUGGAUCUUGGAUCUGACGCUGUUUUCAACUGUGCCUGGACAGGAAAUCCCUCUCUUACCAUAGUGUGGAUGAAAAGGGGAUCUGGAGUGGUUCUUAGCAAUGAGAACCUCCUGAUACUGAAAUCCGUGAGACAGGAAGAUGCUGGGAAAUAUGUUUGCCGUGCUGUGGUCCAGCGUGUAGGAGCAGGAGAGAAGGAGGUUUCUCUCACUGUCAAUGGUCCACCUACCAUCUCCAGCACACAGACUCAGCAAGCUUUACAUGGUGAAAAAGGACAAAUCAAAUGCUUCAUUCGAAGUACACCUCCUCCAGACCGCAUUGCCUGGUCAUGGAAGGAAACGGUGCUGGAGUCUGGAACGUCCGGCCGCUACACCGUGGAGACCGUCACCACAGAAGAAGGAGUAAUCUCCACACUGACCAUGAGUAACAUUGUCCCAGCUGACUUCCAGACCAUUUAUAACUGCACCGCGUGGAACAGCUUUGGCUCGGACACCGAGAUCAUACGCCUUAAGGAACAAGGUGGGAGCAAAGAAUCUCUUCCAGUGGCGGUGAUCAUCGGCAUUGCUGUGGGAGCGUUUGUGGCCGUCAUUGUCCUCAUGGGCACCAUUGGAGCAUUCUGUUGCACCCGCUCCCAGAGAAAGGAAGCGCACCUGGUUAUGCCCUCACUGCCCGUCUCCAUCUGUGCUCACCAGAGAGAACUUGCAAGCAAAAUUAAGACAGAAAAUCUGAACGGAGUUGUGUCAGCAAAAAAUGACAUCCGGGUGGAGAUUGUACACAAAGACCACAAUGCAGCGCGAGAAAACGAAGAACACACCUCCAUGAAGCAACUGAUGGUGAGUGUUGAACGAGGAGAAUUCCAGCAGGAGUCUGUUCUGAAGCAGCUGGAGGUCUUACAAGAGGAAGAGAAGGAGUAUCAGCACAUUAAGGACCCUACAAAUGGAUACUACAGUGUCAAUACCUUUAAGGAGCAUCACACGCCUACCAUUGCUGGAAAUCAGUCUACUGAGGUGAGGAACCCCACCAACACAGGUACCCUGGGCAAGCAGCGGGUACCAACGGGCAUGUCCUUCACCAACAUCUACUCCACUCUGGGAGCAGGUCCCAACCGUCUCUAUGACUACAGCCAACGCUUUGUGCUCGGCAUGGGCAGCAGCUCCAUCGAGCUGUGUGAGCGCGAGUUCCAGCGCGGCUCGCUCAGCGACUCCAGCUCUUUUAUCGACACGCAGUGUGACAGCAGCGUCAGCAGCUACAGUAAGCCGGACGGCUAUGUGCAGUUUGACAAAGACAGCAAGGCGUCAGCCUCCUCAUCUUCCCACUAUUCCCAGUCCUCCUCACAAAACUCAGACCUCACCCGGCCGCUCCAGAAGCGCAUGCAGACCCAUGUCUGACCACAAGGGUGAGAGAGCGUUUGAAGGGGUGUAACAAGCAACCGGGAUUGUAAAACUGAGACAGAAUCAGCUCCCAGGAGCCCCUAAAGUAACAAUUUUACUGUUUCCUCUGGAUGCCUGGAGAUGCAGGGGCUGGUUGGUUUUAAUAAACCAUGGGACUUGUUCAGACUUCUCAGUGUCCCGAAAAGUGGAUCAAGAAGCCUUAUAUUUCCCUCAUGCUUAACUUAUCAACCACCUCCUUUUUUAAGCCCCAUAAUCAGAAUUGUGCCACAGAGAUGUUAUUUGCUGACACAGAGACAACCCACGUUUGGAAUUUAAACAUUCAGUACUCGGUUUCUGCAGGUGAUUGUUAACAGAGGGCAGAAAUACUACAAAGGCUUUGUGUGACAAUCAGCUCCCCAGGCAAAGAACAUUUGGUCAUUUUGAAGAUUGUCAUUCAGAAAAACUGAGAUUGUUGUUAAGCACGUGCGUCACGAUAAUGAGUGCAAGCCAAUGUCCUCCUGCUCUCUUGUAAUUGGAAGCACAAAAAAUGAAUGUGCAUGUGGUUUUCAGUUGUUAAAGCAAUAACUCUUUCCUCUCCCCAACUUCCAUUUAAACUGUAUGUUAAGCUUGUUGAAACUCGUCUCAUGUGUAGGUGGAAGAAAACUUUCUCCAUGUGCCCACAGACAUCUCGAACGUUUAAAAGAACAAUUUUUUUUUCUUCUUCUCCGCAGCAGUAUCUGGGCCACAGAGCUGGGCAGAUAAAGAGGGGCUGAGAUCUCAUUUUAAAUCCCUGAGUCAUUAUUUUACUGUGACACACAGAAUAUCAGUGUACAUACUGACUGUAAUUUCUUUUUUAGAAUCAGAUUUCUGACUCUGAUUUCCCUCAUGGAGGACUCUAAAUGAGACAUGAGCGCCUCUUCUUGUCCAUAUCUACUUUGCCUUGAGGGUCUGUGUGAUCUGUGUCAAUACAAACUUUGACUAAGCAAGAUAGACAUACACUAUAAGCUCAUGUGUUGAUGGGGAGCUGCAUCUUCCACGGUUUUACCGCACCAAAUCCAGCUCCAAGGAAUGCGGCAGGAAAGUUCACAAACUGCAACAUACUGUUUGUUGUAUUUGUGAGUUUCUCCUGCUAACGCCGCAGUUCAUCAGCCAUAUACAUAAGGGGAAUCUGUUGAACGAAAUAUAAACAUAAUAUUUUAGCUGAGCUUCUUAUUGUGUGGUUAUGCCAUUGCUAUUGUCAAUAUCUCUGUUGACACUGGAGCUCAGUGCACCCUGACUGUAUACCUACCUGUGAUUGUGCCGGUCAUCAAGGGACAUAAAGAGCAAAUUUUUGAAAAUGUGUUUUAUUUUGCUAGCUUUAUUUUUGGCUACUGUGAAGCUGAUGGUGUCACACUGACUCUUUAUUUUGUUUUGUUCUGCACUGUAUGUGACAUAGAUGAAAUUGGAUUUCUUAUUUGAUCACUGACACUGUAUUUGUUUUAGUUGAGAGUAGAGACAGUAGUGAUUUAGCUUGCAGCUACACAAAUGCUCAUACUUUACGUAACAUU